AUGGAUCUUGAGUCUGUGAUCCACAGGAACACAAUUAAGGAAGAAUCAUGGAAGACAGUUUUGACUUUGGCCUAUCAAAGCUUGGGGGUUGUGUAUGGAGACUUGAGCACUUCCCCACUUUACGUUUACAAAAGCGCUUUUGCUGAGGAUAUUCAGCAUUCAGACACCAAUGAAGAAAUCUAUGGAGUGUUGUCUUUUGUGUUCUGGACACUCACACUGAUUCCACUGCUCAAGUAUGUGUUCAUUGUGCUGAGAGCUGAUGACAAUGGUGAAGGAGGGACCUUUGCACUCUACUCAUUGCUGUGCCGCCACGCCCGGGUUAGCUUGUUGCCUAACACUCAGCUUGCGGAUGAGCACUUAACCGAGUACACCAUGGACAAUGGAACUGUUCCUGUCAAUAGGAAAAAUGUUGGGUUGGGGCUGAAAAACUUGUUGGAGAAACACAGGGUGCUGCAAAGGGUGCUGCUUGUUCUUGCCUUGAUAGGGACUUGCAUGGUUAUUGGGGAUGGUGUGCUCACACCAGCAAUUUCUGUUUUUUCAGCUGUGUCAGGUUUGGAGCUUUCCAUGUCCAAAGAACAGCACAGAUAUGUGGAGGUUCCAGUGGCUUGUGUAAUACUGAUAUUUUUGUUUGCCCUUCAACAUUAUGGCACUCACCGUGUGGGGAGUCUCUUUGCACCUGUUGUCUUGACCUGGCUGCUAUGCAUCAGUGCUAUUGGUGUUUAUAAUAUCUUCCAUUGGAAUCCACAUGUUUAUGAAGCUCUCUCCCCAUAUUACAUGUUCAAAUUUCUGAAAAAGACACAAAAGGGAGGAUGGAUGUCCUUGGGUGGAAUUCUACUGUGUAUAACAGGUUCAGAAGCCAUGUAUGCUGAUUUAGGACACUUUUCACAAUUGUCAAUUAAGAUUGCAUUCACCUUUUUGGUAUACCCUUCUUUAAUCCUUGCAUAUAUGGGGCAAGCUGCAUAUCUUUCCAGACAUCAUUCCCUUGAAAGUGACUAUAGAAUUGGGUUCUAUGUAUCUGUACCUGUAAAACUUAGAUGGCCUGUUCUUGCAAUAGCCAUACUUCAAGCUGUGGUUGGAAGCCAAGCAGUCAUCACAGGGACUUUCUCCAUAAUCAAACAAUGUUCUGCUAUGGGAUGUUUCCCCAAAGUUAAAAUCAUUCACACAUCAUCCAAGAUGCAUGGCCAGAUUUACAUUCCUGAGAUCAACUGGAGUUUGAUGCUGCUUUGCCUGGCUAUUACAGUUGGAUUUAGAGAUACUAAACGCAUGGGAAAUGCAGCAGGCUUGGCUGUCAUAACUGUCAUGCUGGUGACCACUUGCUUAAUGUCUCUAGCUAUAGUCUUGUGCUGGCACAAGAACAUAUUGCUAGCAGUUUGCUUCAUAGUGUUCUUUGGCUCCAUCGAAGCACUCUAUUUCUCAGCAUCCCUCAUCAAAUUCCUUGAGGGGGCUUGGGUCCCCAUUGCCCUCUCCCUCAUAUUUCUCAUUGCCAUGUAUGUGUGGCAUUAUGGCACAUUAAAGAAGUAUGAGUUUGAUGUUCAUAACAAGGUUCCAAUCAACUGGCUCCUCAGUUUAGGCCCCUCUCUAGGCAUUGUCAGGGUCAAGGGAAUUGGCCUCAUACACACCGAGCUCGUAUCUGGGAUCCCAGCUAUUUUCUCCCACUUUGUUACCAAUCUCCCUGCCUUCCACCAAGUUGUUAUCUUCCUUUGCAUUAAAUCAGUCCAAGUGCCACAUGUUAGACCUGAAGAAAGGUUCUUGGUGGGAAGAGUUGGCCCAAAGGAGUAUAGACUUUACCGGUGCAUAGCGCGGUAUGGCUACCAUGACAUUCACAAGGAUGACAUUGAGUUUGAGAGGGAUCUUAUUUGCAGCAUAGCUGAAUUCAUCAGAUCAGAUGCAUCUGAAUAUGGCUUAGGAUUUGGGAGCUUUGAAGAAGAUACAAAGAUGACAGUUGUGGGGACUUCAGCAUCAAACUUAGAGGGCUCAAUAAGGAUGACUGAAGAUGAUGAUCAAGUAGAUUCUCAAAUGGAAGGCCCUUCAGAGUUGAUGGAGGUUAAGUCUUCUCCUGAGAAAGUGAGGAAGAGAGUGAGGUUUGUUGUGCCAGACAGUCCACAGAUUGAUUUGGAUGCAAGAGAGGAGUUGCUCGAGCUAAUGGAAGCAAAAGAGGCUGGAAUGGCAUUCAUAUUGAGUCACUCGUAUGUUAGAGCAAAAAGUGGAUCAAGCUGGUUGAAAAAAGUAGUUAUCAAUUAUGGAUAUGAUUUCUUAAGGAGAAACUCUAGAGGACCAUCAUAUGCUUUAAGUAUACCUCAUGCGUCUACCUUAGAGGUGGGUAUGAUCUAUCAUGUAUGAAUGAGUUUUGGCUAUAGUACUAGUAGUUAUAUAUCUAGUUUAGUUUUGUAUCUAGUGAGAUUAUAUGGUAGGUCAACCUUACACAUGAUAAAUGGUGGCAUUGUGUAUAGUGACACUCUCAAUGUCCAAGCUUCUUGAUAAGUGUUGCUGAUUUGUCGUAUUUGUAACA